UCAUCAUGUGCUCAUACAUGGGAGGACUAUGAAAGAAGCUGGACAGUUAAGGAUCUUUGAGCUGGAUGCCAUGGCUGACUCACAUGAGUACAUCUUCAUUGAUGAGGCAGGGUUCAACCUGACAAAAAGGCGCAAAAGAGGGCGCAACAUCCUUGGUCAGCAUGCGGUCACACAAGUUCCUGGCCAGAGGGGUGGCAAAAUCACCAUAUGCGCAGCCAUCAGCAAUAAUGGCGUCCUCCACCGCCAUGCCAAACUGGGUCCAGACAACAUGGCACAACUCCUUCAAUUUCUAGAUCAGCUGCACAAUAACGUUCUUCAACAGGAAGGGGAGCCAGGGCAACCAGAGCAGGUCCAAUAUGUUGUCAUUUGGGAUAACGUGAGUUUCCAUCGUGCUGCUCUAGUUCACACCUGGUUCAAUGCCCACCCCAGGUUCACUGUUCUUUUUUUGCCAGCAUAUUCCCCAUUUCUGAAUCCGAUUGAGGGUUUUUUCUCAGCAUGGUGGUGGAAAGUGUAUGACCGCAACCCCUACAUACACCAAAACCUCCUGGAAGCAAUGCUGGACGCCUGUGGAGAUGUGUCUGUGGCGUCUAUCCAGGGUUAUAUAAGGCACACAAGGGCAUUUUUUUCAUGCUGCCUCGCAAGAGCAAACAUAAUGUGUGAUGUUGAUGAGAUAUUAUGGCCUGACCUACACCUGAGACGCGAUAAUGAUGAGAACGUUGAUGCUGUUGCUGAGUAACCUGUACAUUUGCUUGCCUUUGGAAAUAAAGGUUUUGAACAUUUAAGUAUUAUGCUCCGCAUGGACUCUUCCUUACAUGUUUUGUCAGUGUGACAUUUCAAAGGUCAGCUUUUUGUCCAAAACAGCAUGUACAGUAUUGCUUUAUCCAAUUCU